GCAAAAAAAUUAAUCUAGAAUCGGUCUGUUCCAGAAUUCUUGUUAUAAGUUGUGUUUUUUGGAUAUAGUGAAGUUACGUCUCCUAUUCAUCUCGUGGGCUGUGUCAACUGAACAAGGAAAUCGAAAUAUACAAAGCAAAAUUAGCAGCAGCGAAUAAACCACGAAAUGGCAGAUGAUUUUGGACAUCUUUGAUGCAAUGUGGUGUAAUGUGGUUCUAGUCCGUGGAAACUGUUACGGCUUGCGGAGUACCGUCCCGGAUCGCAAGUUCUAUUCCAGGAAGCAGAAAUGACGCUUUAAUUAAAUUUAAUCGCUGAUGCCAAAGGCGGUUCUUCGUUGGCCAAACGCAUAGCUCUCAGUUAUUCGGAAAUCAAUCGUUUCUGAUUGUUUCGCUGAAAUGCAUCGUCUUAUUGUCAUCGUGGAUAGUUUGUCCUUGGCGAGGACUUACGUGAAUUUUCUUGGUCUGGGGACGGUGUCCGCCGAAUUUCUUCUGCUAAGCAAAAUGAAUCAAAUCGAUGAGAAAGCAGGUACCACACAACUAGAAGAGACGUUCAGACCUUUGUUUGCUGAAAAUUGGUGUCAAACGCUUAGUGAAGUCACGACAACGGAUUGCGAAUGGAACAUUCAGUUUCCUUUGCUAGAAUAUCCUCCACCUAAUAUGAAAUCAUCCCGUUUUUCAUCAGGAAACUAUUUCUUUUGGAAUAUCAGCAUUUCUUCCUCGACUGAUGAAAUAUAUUUUCACCUGCAGAUGGAAAAAGGUGAGAGCUUUUCUGAAAUCCUCUCACACUUUCAAGUGAUCACUAGAAUUGCAAACAAAAAAGGCAUUUUGCUUCCCAUACGUACGGAAAUUGUUGGGUUGAAUUCUAGCCCUAACAGUUUCUACAGUCCGCGUGUGUUUAGUUUCAAAAGAAACGAACUUCAAAAUUCAAAAUUUUAUGAACAAGGAGGCAACGUUACCAUUUACUGUACUGUCAAAGUUUGGACUCCAAAAGAAACCAAAUCGGGCACGUCUGAAAUUGCACCCGCUGUUCAUCAUAACCAGUUAGUUCUCACUCAGUUUGUAGAAUUUUUUGAAAACAAGACGCUGAGUGACGUCAACUUAAACGUCGGAGGACGAACAUUCCAUGCCCACAAGAUCAUCCUAGCGGCAAAAAGCAAAGUAUUUGCGGCCAUGUUUCAGCAUAAAACUGCAGAGAGUUUGUCGAACACCGUGCACAUCAAAGACGUCGAUCCUGACGUUUUCCGAGAAGUGCUCCGUUACAUGUACACUGGCCGGAUGUCUUCCGAAACGCUGGACAAAAUGGCAGUCGGUGUUAUGGCGGUGGCGGAUAAAUAUUUGCUGGAUCACUUGAAAACCGAGUGUGAAACUCAUUUAUUGAACAGCAUGUGCGCCGACAAUUGUGCGGAGCUGCUUGCACUUGCCUCCCAGCCGCAUCCAGCGAUGCAUUUGAAACAGUUAGCAGUUGAUUUCCUCCGGCGUUUUCCUGCUCUUGUGAUGGCGACCGAUGGAUGGAAAAAGGCUAAAAAAGAGAAUCUCGUUUGGUCGUGUGAAUUGAUCGAAAUGUUGUGCGGACGGAAGCUUUUAGAUGUCUAGCAUUAGAUGAGAAAUUACUGUGUUGUCCGAUUGAAAGUAAACUGUAACUGUAAGAAAUUAACCUGGAAUAGAUUUGUUCCAGAAUUGUUUUUUCAGUUGUGUGUUUUUUUAUAAUAUGCUAAAGUUAAAUCUCCUGUGCAGUGUUAAGGGAACAAGGAAAUCGAUAAAUACACAGGAAAAUGAG